AUGGCCAAUUUCGGCGGCCGCAAAAACGGCAUCGUUUCGAGGGCGAUGUGGGAGGGGUUGAACCCGGAGAUACUGGCUUUGAUUCUGGUUCGAAUCCCCGUGGAGGAGCUGCUCCAGACCAUUCCUCUGGUCUGCAAAUCCUGGUGGUCCGCCGUCGCCGGACCCUACUGCUGGUCGAAUAUCGACGUCGAGGAUUGGUGCCGCCGUUGGAACCGCUUCGACCGAGUGGACUCGCUAGUCCGCAAACUCGUGCGCCGCAGCCGUGGAAUGUGCAGGAGGCUCUCUGCUUACAGACUCGGCGACCCCGGCUUUGCUUUUGCUGCUAACUGGGUGAGAUGCCUUAAGGUGCUGCAGAUUCCAAUGAGUGAGGUCUCGGACAACAUGGUGGAGAAGCAUGCAGAGUCGCUAGCGACUCUGACAGUCUUGGACAUCAGCUACUGUUUGAGGAUCACAAGCAAAGGGCUCAAAGCAGUGGGAAAGAGUUGCAAGUUCCUGAUUCAGUUGAAGAGGAAUAUGCCACCUCUGGAGCUGGAAGAGACUGAAAAAAGGGCUAAAAAGACGGAUGAUGGUGAGGCUAUGGCAAUCGCCAACACAAUGCCUGGGCUUAACCGCCUUGAACUUGCUUAUGGCCGCUUUGGUGACCAUGGCCUCAACGCCAUUCUCACCAACUGUAAGGCCCUCACUCGCCUUGACAUUGAAGGGUGUUUGUACGUGGAGCUUAAUGGUGACCUUGAGCAAAGGUGUGACCAACUCAUGGAUUUCAAGGCCCCCUGGACCGAUGAUGACCACCUUUUAGCUGUGGCAGCUGCAGCUGAUGAUGACACCGAGGACUUUUCAUCCUCAGAAUCAGAAUAGCAUUGGGUUAGUUAUCUUGAAACACAAAGGGCAAGUUUUGUUUCUCUCUUUUUCUUCUUCAGUUUCUUGUCUUCCUUUUUGGUGGGUACAUGCUAAAUUUACAGAAACAAAUCAUACAUAUAGUGGAAACCAAUUACAUUAUCUAGGAUCAUUGAAUUUGCUGUAUAUGUAAAUUUUACACAUAAAAGUUGAUUCCACAUUUUAGCCAUACCUAUCAAUAUAUAUAUAUAUAUAUAUCCAUCCACAUUUUGGCGGUAGAUUCAUAUUUGCAGCUGACUGGUGGACUUUGUUUCUGAGAGAUAUGGUGUUAAACACUGAAGAGCUUGAUUUUUAGGCCAUGGCUGCAACAUGAUUCAGGUGAUCACUGUCUGUUUCUUUCAAUGAGUCUUACUCCUCUUCCCCAUACUGCAAGUUUGACAGGAGGAAUGGUGUUUGGCUGUGGAGGAUUUUCUGGGAGGGAAUCAUGCAGAAGCAUUGAUGCAGUGCUCUUCUUCAUUAUCAUUCCCUCCCCCUCUGUAUUUUCCUUUUAGCAUUAGGCUGAUGUUAUGGUGGCCUCCAAUUACUAUUUUAGACCAUUGUAGUUGGAGGAGAUGGU